GAAUUUUAUAUUUCGCUAAGGCGAAUUCCAUUUAAAUUCGCCUAGUCCGCCGACUUAUCAAAUUACUUUGUUAUCAUCCCGAAAUUGCGGAUAUACAACAAAGAGUGAAUUGUUUGGGUCGUUUGUUUACUAGCCACUCAGACUUUAUUUUUAUAUUUUUAUUACAUUAUUAAUCUAUAAAUACGAAAAGGAAUGGAUACUUCUGACGAAAAUUACUUAGUGUGUCAGGCACAAAAGCUUAAAGACACCGAUGCCCCUGCAGCCAAGGCAUGGUUAAUUACAGCAAAAACAUUGUAUCCAAAAAACUUUAAUCUUAUGUUUGAAGCGUACAAACUAGAGAAAGAGGCCAACAAUUUUGAGGAAGCUGCUAAAUGCUUCAGCAACAUGGCAUUGACAUUUAAAAGCCAAAAUGUCGAGCUGUGGAAUGAAAUAAAUGAACUAACAAACGCACUUCGGGCUCCAGAAAAUGAAAUCACGCCAUUGCAAGAGUUCUAUGUGAAAAUGUUUCAGCAUGUGUCAUACGAUGUGCAGCAUAAAAUAUUACUGCUCACAGUUAAUAACACAGAAAACAGUAUCCAUCAGUGCAAAUUAUUGCUUCUAAUAUUAAAACGUUUUCCACAAGCAGCCAUUACACAUUCACCGCGACUACUAGAAAUGAUAGCUGAUGGUAUGAAACAAGAUCCCCAAAAAUACCAAGAAAUGCUUGUAGAAGAAGCUUUGCCAUUAAUAUAUCACAAAACUCCGGAAUUGUCUCCAGUUCUUGUCUGCCGAUUAUUUACGAUCUCAUUGGAAUAUUAUAUACGUCAAAUAAUUGAUGAUGAAGUUAAAUGCGACACCAAUGAAAUAUGGAAGAAGAUAUUUCAGGUUUUAAUGCUAUGUGGUAAAAUUUUACGUUGGGAAACAUUUUUACCUUUUAAUAAAACGUGGGGUCAAAAUGUGUAUUGGGAUAAACUUAUCGAAAUAGUAUCCAUAAGUGCUGCCGGCAGUACUCAAGUUCUUUUCUAUGCUACAAGUUUAUUUAUUUACUCACUUCACUGCUAUAUUAAAAAUUGUUAUGGUAGAGCCGAUGAUACUGAAAUCAAUCACGUUUUGGUAGAAGGAUUCACAGCCGAGUGGAAUGUGGAAUCUUCAGAUGUACAAAGUAUGGAACCUCCACAAAUUUCUUUAACUACACCAACAAGUAAGGAUAUAUCUAAAGCAUUUGUUCAUGCGGCGCAAUGUUGGCAACUUUUGAAUACGGAUCAAUUUCAGCGCGAUUUUAGCAAAUUACUGCUUACGUUACCUCUGGCACCAUGGAUAUCGCGAUUCCUCUUCGAUUUGGCUAUAUAUUUCGGUCAUAAAGAGGAAGCCAAAAAAUUGAUGUCUGAAAUGAUGGUCUCUAGCAGUUUGAUACAUAAUUUGCAGUUAUUAAGUCUAAAUUUGUUGCAAGGAAAUAUGACGAUAAAGGGGUAUGGAUAUAUUAAAGACAUUAUUGAUGAGCUACCGACAACAACAGGACAUAUAUUAGAUCAUUUAACCCUCAAAGUCCCGCGUCACAUGAUAUUUAUACCAUUGACACAAAAGGCGUUAGUACAGUAUUGUACGAAGGCUAUAUUGAAUACCUUAAGUCGGAAGCUUUACGAACCUAAUUGCCCUGAUCAAAUACUUGGUAAUUUAUUGGUACUAUUACAACUAGAAUAUCCACGUGAAACGAUUAUGGCAGAACAAAUAUUUGCACUUAUAACAACGCGACGGGCUUUUUCUUAUCAUUUAUUUACUACGUACAUAGUAACAAUCGAUUUCGUCGAAGAAUUUAUGCAUAUCUGGCAUACACAUAACGAAGACUUCGCUUUUGAUUUGUCGCCUACGCAAGCGGAUAGCCGCGUAGGCACACGUGGCACAGAAAAGGGUGUCCGAGAGGACUUCCGUAUAAUUAUUAAGCAACAAAUAGCUAAAGCAAAUGAGCCCCUUGUCCCAUUAAUAGCAAAUUUCAUAAAACAGGAAUAUAUGCAUUUAAUGGGAAGCAUGUUUGCCGGUGCAAUUAAUUACUAAACUUUUUAUUUUUAUAUCUUAUUUUACUUUAUUUCUCUCCUUUUUUUUGGACGAGUUACAACUUUAAAUAGUGAAAUACAUUUAAACAAUAAAUAAAUAAAACACAACGAAAGUACUAGUGUAUAGUUAAAAAUGACUGUGCUAUUCGUAAAAC